AUGGCUUCCCAAUCCGCCUCCUCCUCCUCCUCGGACGGCUCAUCGAGCGCCACCUCAAUCUCGCAGCAAAAGGACCAGUUGUACUUCAUCGGCGAGCAGGAGUUCUGGGAGCCGAUCCAGGAUGAGUACAUCAAAAAGAUAGCCGAGACGCCCUCCGAGGACGUGUAUCCCUCCUUCAACCCUGGCCCCACCAAAGCGGAUGGGUCGAUGAACUUUGAGUGCCAUUGCGUCGGGCACCUCGUCGCCAGCCCGUGCGGAUUCGAGUUUCGCAACGUAAUCACGUGCCAGAAGAAGGCGUCCGAUGCCGAUAUGGAGGCCGGGGCUUGUGCGGACGAGAUGAUGGCCUUUAUGGAUUGUGCGAUGCGCACCGAGUGCUUCAAGGCGGCGAAAGGAGACGGGAAAGACGGCGCGGAGAGCAAGGAU